GACGAUCGGGAAGAAUAAUAAAAUGCAACAGCACAUCAAUUAUAGAGUAAGGGUUAUAUUACAAGAUUCACGGACAUUCAUUGGGACUUUUAAGGCAUUUGAUAAACACAUGAAUCUUAUUUUGGGAGACUGUGAAGAAUUCAGAAAAAUUAAAUCCAAAAAUAGCAAAACCGCUGAUAGAGAAGAAAAAAGAACCUUAGGGUUUGUUUUACUUCGCGGAGAAAAUAUAGUUUCCUUGACUAUUGAAGGCCCACCUCCACCGGAAGAAGGAUUACCUCGGGUACCAAUACCGGGUGCAAUUGGAGGUCCUGGAGGUGGCCGUGCAGCAGGCCGUGGAGCUGGCCCAGCUGGUGCUCCACCAGGCUUACAAGGCCCUGCUAGAGGUGUUGGUGGCCCAUCACAACAACAUAUGGCUCCAGGGUCUCGGGGACAAUUAUCAGCACCUCCUCAAAUGCGAGGAGGUCCCAUGAUGGGUGGACCUCCACCAGGCAUGAUGGGCGCUCCUCCUGGAAUGGGCCGUGGCGGACCGGGCGGCCGAGGUCCUCCUGGCAUGCGACGUUAUUAA